UAACCAAACAUUUUCAUCAAAGCAAUAAACCCAAAACGUAGAAGACUAGCACGUUGAUUUUAGUUAUUGUUUAUUUUCAGUGAAUCAAUUGCUUUAAAAAAAAGAAUAUGUCACGACCAGAACAUCAAGCUCCACCAGAUAUCUUCUAUAAUGAUGAUGAAGCAAAGAAGUAUUCGAGCAAUUCUCGGAUCAUCAAAAUUCAGGUGGAAAUGUGUGAAAGAGCCAUUGAAUUGUUGGCUUUACCAGAAGAUCAACCGUCUUUGAUAUUGGACAUAGGAUGUGGUUCCGGACUGUCGGGUUCAGCUUUAGAGGAAGCUGGCCAUCAAUGGAUCGGAAUCGAUAUAUCAUCGGCAAUGUUAAAUGUGGCCGUUGAUCGUGAAGUCGAAGGAGAUUUAAUUUUGGGUGACAUGGGACACGGAAUGCCUUUUAAAGCUGGUACCUUUGAUGGUGCCAUUUCAAUCUCAGCGAUACAAUGGUUAUGCCAUGCAAAUCACAGUGCACACAAUCCACGAAAACGAUUAUAUAAAUUUUUCAGCACAUUGUUGGCAUCAUUGACUCGAUGCGCCCGAUGCGUAUUUCAAUUUUAUCCUGAAAACAGCGACGAAAUUGAAAUGAUCACAACACAAGCUAUGAAAGCUGGCUUUUAUGGCGGAUUAGUAGUUGAUUAUCCAAAUUCAACAAAAGCAAAGAAAUACUUUUUGGUGCUCAUGACUGGCGGCGUUGCCCAAUUGCCAAAAGCAUUAGGUACGGGAGAAGAAGAAGAUGAAACAAAUCGCGUGCCAUACUCGAAGAGACGUGAAAUGGCCAAACAGGCCAGGGGAAAACUAGUGAAAGGAUCUAAAGAAUGGAUUAUGAAAAAGAAAGAAAGAAGACGCCAACAAGGAAAAGAAGUACGCGCUGAUUCGAGAUACACGGCCCGAAAACGAAGCGGUCGAUUUUGAAAUAAA